UAGCUAGCAUAUUUAGCUAACUUGCUAGCUAGGAGAUAACUGUUAUUUGCACAGGUUGUCCAGUAUUCUGAAGAAACUUCAGUCUAUCUGCAGAACCCUUAGCUGUCUAGUAACGUUAGUCUGUUGACAUCCUAUAACUCUUAUAACACAGAUGAAUACUUCAACCUUGUAAGGGGUCAUUUAUGCUAUUGCCUUCAUAUAGCAAACUCCUGUCAUCCACAGUCAAGAUGCCAGUCCUCUGUAGCAGCUGUGCUGAGAAGCGUGCAGUGCUGAAACGUCCAAAGACGGCCCAUUCCCUGUGCAAAGAAUGCUUCUUCUGGGCCUUUGAGGAGGAGGUGCAUCAGACAAUAGUGUCAGCGCAGCUCUUCAAACAUGGAGAAACUGUGGGCAUUGGUGCCUCGGGUGGGAAGGACUCCACUGUGCUGGCACACAUCAUGAAGGUCCUAAAUGAGCGCUAUAACUAUGGCCUGAAACUACUGCUACUGUCAGUGGACGAGGGCAUCACAGGUUACCGUGACGACUCCUUGGAGACUGUGAAGAGGAACCAGCAGCAGUAUGAGCUGCCUCUGAAGAUUGUAUCCUAUGAGGAGUUGUAUGGCUGGACCAUGGAUGCCAUUGUGAAGCAGGUCGGACGGAAAAACAAUUGCACUUUCUGUGGUGUGUUCCGAAGGCAGGCACUGGACAGGGGAGCCAUGAUGCUGAAGGUUGAUAAGAUAUGUACAGGUCACAAUGCUGACGAUGUGGCAGAGACAGUUCUGAUGAACGUCCUCCGAGGAGACAUCGCCCGUCUGCGUCGCUGCACUGCCAUCAGCACAGCCAGCGAGGGCGAGGGGGUGGUGCCACGCUGCAAGCCCCUCAAAUAUGCUUACGAGAAGGAGAUUGUCCUCUACGCCUAUUUCAAGAAGCUGGACUACUUCUCCACAGAGUGCAUCUACUCCCCCAACGCCUACCGAGGCCACGCCCGCACCUUCCUGAAAGACCUGGAGGCUGUGCGGCCCAGCGCCAUCAUGGACGUCAUCCACUCUGGGGAGAACCUGUCAGUGAGGGAGGGCGUGAAGAUGCCCGUUCAGGGGACCUGCAGCCGCUGUGGCUACAUCUCCAGCCAGGCGUUGUGUAAGUCCUGUGUGCUGCUGGAGGGUCUGAACCGCGGCCUGCCCAGACUAGGAAUCGGAAAGCACCACCGCCUCCACAAGAAGAUCCUAUCACAGCAGCCUCUGACCCAGGUAGAGGAGAGGAAGCUCAAGGCUGUGGACUUCUGAGAGGCAAAUAGGCAGAACAGGAUCACCACCACUGUUUCUGUUAAGUGACACUUUGAAAUUAGUGACCCAAGAUGACACAACCAGAUGUGGAGUUGUUUUUAAGGUUCAGCUUGGAAUUGAAGUAGAGAUGUUACGUUGCCUCUAAUGAAAGAGUAGCCAGAGGUGUCCCUUGUCAGCCACUCAAAUCAAUGUUAUUGGUCGUGUACACAGAUAUCCACACCUUGUUAUUUGAUUUUCAACAUUGCAGAACCAAUUUUAUUUUUGUAAACUUAAGUUUACAAUUUUAAUUUAGAAAAUAAAGACAUGGCAUGGACAAAAUUAUUGACACCCCGGAGCUAGUACAUGGUUUCACUGCCCUCGGCCCAGAUAACUGCCAACUAUGCUUAUUGUAGCUAUCAAUGAGAUUGCUGCACCUUCCCACUGGCAAUUUGGCCCACUGUUCAGCAGCAAACUGCUCUAAUUCUUAAAUGUUUGAGGGGUGCCCUCCACCAACUGUUGUUUUCAGCUCUCGCUAUAGGUUAUGGAUGUGAUUCAGAUCUUUUCUUUUCGCAGGCCAAUCCAGGGCCCGGUUUCCCGAUAGCGAUGGAACUUAGUCAUCUUGGUUGUAAUUUGAAGUGUCUUUUUAUACGUUGAUUGUUUAUCAAUUGCAAAGACAUUGGCAACUUUGUAUUUGUAGUCAACUUUGUUUUGAAGUUAUCAGUGGUUACAGAGAGGCGGAUAAACCAUGUGAUUCAAUGUUUAGCAGAGAUCCUCUGUGUAAAACGGGAGGGCAAAGAAAGCAUCUAACAACGCACUUAGCGGUUCUACGAGUGGUCUGAGGCAGGCGUUAGAUUAUGAGCGUUUAAAUGCAACGUUAAUAACGAUGGUUUUGGGAAAC